AAAACAAAUUCAUUUGUUUACAAUUUUAUCACUGGAUUAAUUGCUUAUCAGUGAAUGAUAAAUAUUAAUAUAAGUUAAAUUUUUUGAUAUAAUGGAUUGCCUUAUCUGCUUGGACGUAAAUGUGAUUGGCCCCAAUUGCAUAGCUGUUGAUUCGGAGCAGUGGUUAAAGUUCAACAUAACUAACAUUAUUAAGAAGUAUUUAUGGCCUCUUGAACCCAUCCAUUCAUUGAGUUGUAUAUGUUCGGACUGUUGGAGAGAGUUAAAUGGAUUUCACGAAUUCUAUACCCGUGUGGAAAAUGCUCACAACAAUAAACCUCUAUUUCUGAAACCCGAAAUAGAUCCUUUGAUAGAGGAUCGAGAUCGUUAUGACUUUUGCGUAUUGCAACCGGAAAUCGAUAUAGAUUCACACCCCCAAAUAAAGGUGGAAUGUGGAGAAGUUUCCGGUAAUGAUUGUAAGUCUAAUGAAAAAAAGAAUGAAAACAUUGCUGUACAAACUUGGACGGCGCCUGCGUUAAUGGAUGAAGACCAAAACUCGGACAAUGAAAGUCAUAAUGAUAUUGACAGUCAAAAUGAUACAGAAAGCACGAUAAAUCCAAACAAUGACGUUUUGGAAACUAACCAAAAUGAACGCGAAUCGCAUAACAAAUCCAAUUUGGAAGAAAACAAAUUUUCUAGGACAAGGCUUACUAAGAAAGUCAACAAAAUUGACAAUCCUUGUAUACCCAAAAUGGAACUAUCAGAAUAUGAUGAAUUUCUCAAGAAACAUUUUGAAAUGAAGUGUGCAUUUUGCCAACAAAAAUUUGAUGAAUUUCGUUCGCUCUGUAAUCAUUAUAGCUCUGCGCACAACGAACAAGGCUAUGCACUGUGUUGUGAUAAGAAAUUCUUUCGUCGUCCACAUUUGAUCGAUCACAUUAAUUACCAUCUUAAUCCAGAGUAUUUCAAAUGUAAUAUUUGCGGAAAAUGUUGGAAUAAUAGACAACGACUGCAUAACCAUUUAAGGAUCCAUGGCGAGAGGGACUUUAGCUGUGAUAUAUGCGGGAAAAAAUUUGUGGAAGGGCGUCAUUUGGAGACACAUAAACUAGUACAUGUGCCAGAAUCAGAGAAGAACUUUCCUUGUAAUGAAUGUGGCAAGUUUUAUGCCAAUGAGGUUGCACUCUCGCGACAUAAGAAUUCAGUCCAUCUUAAUAUUUACACCAAAGUUUGCGAUAUUUGUGGACAAAUUUUGCCUGAUGCGUCCACCUUUAAAACGCAUAUGGAAAGACAUGCAGGCAUAUCUGUAAAAUGCGAUGAAUGCGGUUUAAUAUUGGCCAAUAAAAGAUGCUUAACAUUACACAAACAGAGAAAGCAUCCAGUUGAUGGAAAACGUGAUUACAAUUGUCAUAUUUGUUCAAGAGUAUCACCGACAUUGAAGGCCCUUAAGAAACAUAUACACGAAGUUCACGAAACCGAUUACAAAUUCACCUGCACCAUAUGUGGGAAGGGAUUUAAAAGAUCGGAUAAUUUCAAGUCUCACAUGUCUACACAUACAGGAUCCCCUCUAUAUCGUUGUCCUUGGUGUCCCAGAGCCUUCAACUCGAAUGGAAACAUGCAUAAACAUCGUAAAACAGUUCAUUUCGUCGAAUGGGAAAAGGAACAGCGGAAAAAAUACUCGGGAAACUUGCCACCAAAAUACGAAGCACAGUGUAAAUCGUAGUACGAUGUAGCAUAUUGUAGUGAAAAUUAAAGUAAUAACAUGAUAAUAUCUAAAUGCUGCUGAUUGGCCUAAGCUUAAAUAAUAUUUAAACAAAUACUGGCUAUUUAAACGCAGAAAUUAUAUUCCAAACGAGAUUUAAAGGAUGCUCACAGGUUCUAUGCUCCGAAACGACCCAGCAAGGAUUUUUACCCUGCACACAAGUAUAAGGAUACAAUGAUAACAACCGAGCGGUAAGGAGACCCAUCCGUCCGAUCCAUUUUCUAUGGUUAAGCACCGCAAUGUAUCGUGGACGAAAUAGAAUACCAUCCUAAGUGCAAAGUCCAAAGCCCUGUACCCAGACGAAAUAUUUGCUGUUGAAGUGGUCAUAAUUACCAUAGAAAUGCAUAAGACCCAAUACUUCCCAAUCAAUCGCCACUUAUGCCAAAGCAAGUGUAUGUGUCACAUGAAAGUGACAAAAGUAAGUUAGCUAAAAACACAUGCUUAUAGGACAAUAGAAUGAGCAAUCCCAUGGCAGACGGUUGUACGUACCGGAUUGAGCCGAUGGAAUUCUUCAUCGGCAAGGGCUGCCGCCUCGGAGUACAAUACACUGCCACAAGCAAGCACCCCUCAGCCGAUUGUCUUAUGCUGGCAAACCGCCUCUGCUAGCUUAUAAUGUAGGGUGGCAAAAACAUUCGGAUACACUCCGUUGUUUAUUGCAAAUUUUCCCCAUGAACAUUCUACUAAGGAACAGUGGCAAACUUCGCACAUAUCUAUAAGUGCAGUCCGAUUCAAGUUUAAGAGGUGUCACACUACGGCGUGCCUUGGAGAGAAGUUUUAUAUGGCAUAGUACCUCACAGAUGUUGCCAGCAUUAGGAGGGGAAAACCACAGUUGAAAAUUUUUUUCUGAUGAUUAUUUGUGGAAUUUACUCCAUGAGCAUAGAAAUGCUCUAACUUCUCAUCAUCUUCCCCUCAUGCCCUACACAUGCUAUCACUUGCCGCACCGACUUUACAUAAGUGAGCUCGUAGUCCUAUGUGUCCCGUUAUGAUACCAAUAACUAUACUAACCUCCUUCUUGCUUCAUUUCAAUAAAAGCCUCGUCUUCUCACGAUUUGGAACCCUCCAUAGAAUUUUCGUCCUACAAUGUUGAAUGCGCAUUCGUUCCACAAUGUUGCAUGCGCAUUCGUCACGCACUCCCUAAACUCGGGUUAACCAAGUUUAUUGACGGCAGUCCUCUGGCCUUCACCGCCAAAUCGUCUGCCCUUUCAUUUCCUCUUACUCCUUUAUGACCCGGCACCCAAACGAUGCUGAUUUUGCCAUCCUCAGAAAAGGCAUUAAUCUCCUUCUUACACUGCAAGACUGUUCGUGACCUUACCGUCCUGGUUGUUAUUGCCCUAAUGGCCAGUUUACUGUCGGUAAAGAUAUUCGCACUCAACGUCCUCGCGUUUCCACCACGCCCCCUCACGCAUUUCGUGAUCGCCCGGAUCUCCGCCUGCAGGACCGUUUUAUGGUCAAGCAGUCUAAAACAGAUUUCAGUCCCUGGGUUCUCAAUGUAAACAACAUGGCCCACUCUGUCCUCUAGCUUUGAUCCAUCCCUGUAACAUGAUCUUCCAGAUGGUAAUACUAGGUUUCCGUCAAUCCAAGACUGUGCCGAUGGCACCAGUGCAACGCACUCGACUUCAAGGUUUAUCUCAGGUAUCCGAUCGGAAACCUGUAGCGUGUCACCCUAUGUCUGAUUGGAGUAGAGCGACAUCUGGUUUUGAACAGUCACGUUUUUAUGGCAACUAGGGAAUACAACCCUGCGCUACCACCAUAUGUUACCUCCACAUACAAAUGGGACCACUACAACGACACUUCAAAGAAACAUAUGUUUUUUGUUUUUGCUAUUUUGGAAAAGCAAAUUUCAUGAUGGUUCCUCGGUGGACAUGAUGGCUUGGGGGAACCAUGAUGGUCAGUAUGUGGAGGAUGACAAGUUCUUUUUCGAUUGGAUCUUGGCAGCAAACGGAGGUGGGGCCAUCAGUAAAUAUAAAAAAAGAAUUAAACAAGUGAAUUAGCAAAAGAAAAAUUUAAUGUGUUUAUUGAGCGGUGUCACAGAAUAAACAAAGUGGUGAAAACUAAAGGAAUAAUUUAAAACAAAU